AUGAAGAGACCAUCAACGCCAUACAUCUUGUGGUGCAAGGAUAACUGGAACGAAAUCAAGAAGGAGAACCCAGAUUCAGACUUUAAAGAGAGUUCCAACAUUCUUGGUUGUAAAUGGAAGACUCUUAGUGCAGAAGAGAAGCAGACUUACGAGGACAAGUACAAGGCUCACAAAGAAGCUUAUCUCCGGGUUAUUACAAAGGAGAAGCGCGAGAGAGAAGCCAUGCAGCUACUUGAAGAUGAGCAAAAGCAGAAGACUGCAAUGGAACUGCCUGAUCAGUAUCACCACUUUGUUCAAGAAGCUGAACAUGACAAUAAGAAAAAUACAAAGAAGGUGAAGCUUCCCCUGAAGCCUAAACACCCCAUCUCUACUUACCUGAUCUAUGCAAAUGAGAGGAGGACUGCUUUACGAGAAGAUAACAAGAGUGUUAUAGAGGUUGCCAAGUUAAUGGGAGAGGAGUGGAAGAACUUGUCUGAGGAACAAAAUAUUGGUAUAGAUAAGGAUUAUCUAUUAAGUUGUACUUAUCUAGGAUAA